AUGAUUGGCCAAUACCCAUUCUCGUUACUAGAUUCGUUUGACCAUAAUCUCUUUCACGAAUUCUUUUUCUUGGCUCUUUCCCAUUCAUACCUUUCAGUUUCUUCUCUUUAUCCUUCUUUUCUAUCUUCAACAUUUCUUUUUUUUUUUUUUUGUCUCUCUCUUUUUCUUCCUCGCCCCGUUUCCUUGUCUAUCACAUUUCUUUUCGAAAACGUCUACUUCGUUAUCUUUUUCUCUUUUUUAAGAUUGAUUAUGAUGACUUUUCCUUCUCCUUUUUCUCCUUUUUUCUUCUUCUUUUUCUUCUUCUUCUUCUUAACCUAUUUCUAUCUAUCUAUCUAUCUAUCUAUCUAUCUAUCUAUCUAUCUAUCUGUGUCCUAUUCAAAUCUAUCUAUCUAUCUAUCUAUCUAUCCCAGUCUGAUCAAAUCUAUCUAUCUAUCUAUCUAUCUCAGUCUGAUCAAAUCUAUCUAUCUAUCUAUCUAUCUAUCUAUCUAUCUAUCUAUCUCAUCCAUGCUCAUAUAUAUGACUAUCUCUUCCACUCUGUUCAAAUCUAUCUAUCUAUCUAUCUAUCUAUCUAUCUAUCUAUCUAUCUAUCUAUCCCAGUCUGAUCAAAUCUAUCUAUCUAUCUAUCUAUCUAUCUAUCUAUCUAUCUAUCUAUCUAUCUAUCUAUCUAUCUCAUCGUUAAACACUUUCUUUCUUUCUUUCUUUCUUUCUUUUCUUUCUUUCUUUUUUCUUUCUUUCUUUCUUUCUUUCUUUUUUCUUUCUUUCUUUCUUUCUUUCUUUCUUUCUUUCUUUUUUAUUUCUUUCUUUUUUCUUUCUUUCUUUCUUUCUUUGUUUCCGUUAAACACUUUCUUUCUUUCUUUCUUUCUUUCUUUCUUUCUUUUUUUUCUUUCUUUCUUUCUUUCUUUCUUUCUUUCUUUCUUUCUUUCUUUCUUUCUUUCUACGCGACCGAAAAGGGAAAUAGUCCAUUAUUUAUGA